AUGGUGAAGUACUUUUCUGUGGACUGGCUGGCCCAGAGCCAUCACAGCGGCUCCAUGACCGAGGAGCACGGAGCUGGCAUGGAUACCGUGCCGACCUGCAGACCUCAUAUUCCCUGCGUGGUGCAGCCGAGCCCGCCGACUUUUGGCAAAGGUUACCUGCAGCCAAAGCCCAAAUCAUCAAAGCCCGCUGAACACACGGAGCACGUGGAGCGGAACAGGGACCAGGACUCCAACCUGUCCUCACCUUUGCAUCCAGCAAAUUGCGCAUCACAAAUUUUGGAAACCAGCGGGUAUUCCUCUGGGUACGAGAGCGAAGUAGCUUCCGCUGAGUGUCUGUCUGUGGAUGAGGGCACCGAGGUGGAGAAAGACGAACUUCAGCGCCGUGUGCGCACAAAGUUCACCGCCGAGCAGAUCAACAAACUGGAAAAGAUCUUUAACAAGCACAAAUACCUGGAUGCUGGAGAGAGAGUGAAGACGGCGCAGAAGCUGAACCUCACAGAAACUCAGGUGAGGACCUGGUUCCAGAACAGGAGGAUGAAGCUGAAACGAGAACUGCAGGACUAUCUGGCCCCCCACGUCCCCGCGGUGACCUUCCAGCCUCUCCCCCCGGUUCAGUACCACAGCAUGGCCGGACAGCGACCUCUCUACGCCGCCACAGAUCGGGCCUUUUACCCGCUCCCCGUCCCGCAGCUGCUCCUCCAGCAGCAGAUGCCUCUUCAGCACCAUGUCAUGAUCCACCAGCCACGUUUUUACUGACCAACUGUCACAAAACAGACAUUUCCCUCCUUGAAACACUUAAAAAAUCUGAGAAUGUGCAAUUAAGAGUUUCUUUACAUGU